UAAACAGAGAAAUGACGAAUUGCCACAUUGCUGAACUUAUCGACGAGUAAUUCUCUCAACCUGAGACCAAAAGAAACCUUUCGCGGAUAUCAACUUGUAGCCAUCGUUCAAAGGAAACGAUGACUAAGGCGCCGGGUACUCACCGCUUAUCUGUCUCCUCGUGAGUGCCUGCUCCAAAUACAAUCAUAUCAUUGAAAAAUGAAAUCCAGAUAAGAUAAACACCGAUCGGUGUGAAGUACUUUGGUCGAUUAUUCAACAACUCCGGAGACAUUUUGAUGCGACGUGUUUUUCAGUACCUUGGACUUCUUUGAGGUGACCGAAGGACGCUCUAAAAUGGCAACUAAAUGGGUAUGGGCUAGCGCCAGUGGACCCUUUCCACCGAACAUGGUUGAGGGUGGUCAGGACAGCGACGGGUGUCCGAUCUACGUGGGACGUGCGAACCACGCGGGAGAUGUAGUUCCGGCGAAAGUGAUUCCCCAAAAAAACGCCGCCUAUAUCGCACACGGCGGCGAGGAGAUUCUCGUGGAAAGCAUCGAAGUGUUGUGCCAGAAAGAGCUCCUCUGGGAUAAUGCAACCGGUGGUAAUAUUCCUCCGGAUGCGGUUGUUGGUGGAAGUACAGUUGACGGGGAAUUGCUCUACGUUGGACGAGCUGUUCACGAGGGAUCGCAGACGAUUGGCAAAGUGCAACGCUCCCAUGGCUGUCUUUACAUUCCGUACGGUGGAGCCGAGGUUGCCCUCCAAGGUUAUGAAGUGCUCUGUGAGCGGUAAAAUUGCUCCUGAUGAUUCAAGUUUGAUAAUAAAUCCUCAAAACAAUUCAGUA